GGGACAGCGCCCAUCCCAGUUCCAGAUGCCAGAGGGAAAGGACGCUUCGGCCCAGUCGCGACUGUCGAACAUGCAGAAGGCGGCCCUGCUAGCUCUGGGGGCGGUGGCUGGAGGCGUCCUAGCUCCGAGUGUCGUCCCUGUGACCCUGGGAGUCGUGGGCUUCACCAAGCUCGGCAUCGCCGCCGGCUCCAUGGCCGCGAAUAUGAUGUCAGCAGCAGCUGUUGCAAAUGGCGGAGGGGUCGCGGCGGGCAGCCUGGUAGCCGUGCUGCAGUCUGUGGGGGCUGCCGGCCUGUCCACAGCAACAAGCACUGUUCUGGGUUCCGUAGGGUCGGUGCUUGGAGGCUACCUUGCACACAAGAGCAUCUAGAAAUGGCGGCCUGCGGGUGCCGGGGACCCCACGGCCCGCCCUCCGACACCCCGGGGAUGGCAGGAAGACAACGUUCCAACCAGAGCCCCGACCGUCCUCCCCACACGCUUCUGUCCCCCCGAGAGUUCUCAGAAAUAAAGGCCGCUUCACCCGC